GAAACUCUUAGUGAAUUCACUUGAGUUUAAAAUCUCGCGCCCAGAUCGAAGCUAGUUUACAGCUUGGCUGAAUACUUUGUCAUUGAACAUUCAUAGGAGGGAAGGUACAAGUCAAAAUGGCGCCCACGGAAGGAAGGCAUCUGUCGAGUGGGGUCGACGAGGAGAGUGAGAUUGAAAGUCUGCCAGACGACGUGCUCGGAAGAAUUAUGGGGGAAGUAGCAAAAGAUGGCGGUGGGGAUGAGGUCGCAUUCGCAUCCACGAGCAAGAAGCUCAGGAAUAUCUACAAGAGUGUCAAUAGCAAGAGCUGGACGCUGUUCACUCAUGCUGCCGAUCAGGAGGCUUUAAGUGAAAUUGAAUCUACCAGCUCGCACUUUCGUCUGGUGGCGGAUCCUGAUGAGUGUACCCCAAGUGAUAGCUGUAAGGUUCAGAAGAUUUUGUUUCUGCUGCACAAUAUGCAAGGUCUAAGGUCUCUUAGCUUGGGGGGUCUUCUUGUUCGACCGAGGUCGUCUUCACCAUUAAGGUGCUAUGACCCUGAGUAUCCCAGCAGCGACCACAAGGGUUUCUGGCAGCUUUUGGCGCCUGAGCUGGGGCAGUUCGCUAAGCUCACAGUCCUGGAUUUACAUGGGACUAGUCUCAAGGACGAGGGCGCUGACGCCGUGGCGUCCGGGCUAGGCAAGGUCACUGGGCUUACUAUGUUGAAUCUCAGCAACACAAAAAUCUCCACUUUAGGGGCAGUGUACAUGGCGCGCGGGUUGGGCAAGAAUACGGGGCUGACUACUCUGAUUCUUAGCGAAAACAUACUCAACGAGAGGGAAGAAAAUCUGGUUGAGUUAGGGAAUCUGGUUGGGCUCACCUCAUUGGAUCUGCGGGACACACGUCUUUCCGCUGUAGGGGCAGCGCACAUGGCCCGUGGAUUAGGCAAGAAUGAGGGGCUUACAAGUCUGAUUCUGAGCGAAAACGCUCUGGGCAAUCUAAUUGACCAUGAAAUGCAAGAGCUGAUUGAGGUGGGAUAACUCGGUGGGCUUACCUCACUGAAUCUAUGGGAGAAUGACUUUGGAGAAGCCGUGGAUUUAGUGCCUAUGUUGGGCAAGCUUACGAAGCUCACGUAUCUCAAUCUAGGACGUAACUGGUUUGACGAUGAGGGUGUAGAGGCAUUGGCCCCUGAGUUGGGCAAGCUCACUGGGCUCACCUCACUCAUCCUGCGCAAAAACACCUGGAGAGAACCGAGAGAGGACGAGGAGGAAAAAUCCGAGGACGAGGAGAAAGAAUCCACGGCGCAUUGGGCGCCAGUGUUAGGCAAACUCACAGAGCUAAGGUACCUUGACCUGGGGGUGAAUUACAUCAAUGAUGCUGGCGCGGUGGUCUUGGCGCCUGAGUUAGGCAAGCUCACGAAGCUCACCUACCUUGACCUGGGGUGGAACGCCUUCAAGGAUGGGGGAGCAGCGGCCUUGGCGCCAGAAUUAGGCAAGCUUACAGAGCUAACUUCAUUAGAUUUGGCAAGUAACAGCUUUUCGAAUGAGGGCGCAGCGUUUCUGGCGCCACACCUGGUCAAGCUGAAAAGUCUUAAUCGUCUCAAGCUGAAGAAGCAGAGGUUCCCAGGGUCGGGGUUGUUGUGUCUGAACAUGGCUUCUUCGGUCUGGGGGUUUACAGUAGGUUGGCGCAGAGGCAAGCUCUCAUAAGCUGAGUUUGUUGAACUUCAAUGUGAUAAAUUGCUUAGCAGUGUACCAUUUGCCGCUUGCAGAUUUUCGUCCGAUUUUCGUAUCCCCCCUCAUUUCAUGUAGACGGUGUGCCAUUUUAUGUAGGCGGUGCCCCUUGCCCC